CUUUUUCCUUGCUAUCUCGGUUAUAUUCCAGUUAAUCUAUAUACUGCAUAUAACCGCUAGUUUACAACAUGAUAAUAACAACGUAAACCAUGCGGUCACGUUAAAACGAUCUACACUAAGUUAACGUUAUAUCAGAACGUACAUGAAAACCAAGUGUUUGCGCUUAGCUUUAGCCGCACAGCUGUUAACAAAUAUACAAACGAACAGUGAACACUGGAAAACAUGAGACCCAGUGACCCACACUAACUACCCAACAAACAAAACGAGUUCACAAUGAGUAAAACAAUAGUGAGCCUCCACAAUGAGAGGAGCUAACACAAUAAGCAGCUCUCUCCAUCAAAACUGCUCACUUUAUAGGUGCUAACGCGCACUAGCGAGUGGCCGACGGAGGUUUAUGAUGACUUUACUACCGAGAAUCACACGAUGGCUCGGGAGAAACACUUCCUCGGUGAUUUUCUACGGAAAAGCGAACAUGUCCAGCGGGAACAGGAGACUUCGGGUGCUGGUGGACAUGGAUGGGGUCAUUGCAGACUUCGAGGGAGGAUUCCUAAAGAAAUAUAAACAAAAAUACCCGAACGAGCCCUUCAUUUCGCUGGAGGACAGACGGGGAUUCUGGGUGUCCACUCAGUAUGGAGAAAUGAGGAGUGAUCUAUGUGAAAAAGCCAUCAGCAUCUGGGAAUCCAGAAACUUCUUCAUGGAGCUGGAGCCUCUUCCUGGCGGAGUGGAGGCUUUAAAGGAGAUGGCCAAGAUGGAGAAUACAGAUGUCUUCAUUUGCACCAGUCCAAUAAAGCAUUACUGCUACUGUCCAUAUGAGAAGUACGCCUGGAUAGAGAAGCAUCUGGGUCCCGAGUUUCUGGAGCAGAUCAUCCUGACCAGAGACAAGACCAUCGUGACCGGAGACAUCCUCAUCGACGACAAGCCUGAUAUCCUGGGUGUGGAGCCCAAUCCGUCCUGGGAGCAUGUGCUGUUCACCGCCUGCCACAACAAACACCAGGAGCUCAAUCCAAAACAGAGACGCCUGCUGUCCUGGGCCGACGACUGGAGGAGCGUUUUGGACAGCAAACGCACAUAAAAACCUCGCAGAAUACACACUGCUGAUUUCAGCUUCUGUGGGUGAAAUGAUUCUGGAUCAGCCCUCGUGGUCAGUAGUUUGCCUUUAAUUACACAGGCCACGGUUUUUAUGCAAUCGGUUUUUAAGCAUCAUUUUAUUAGUUAAUAUGACGUGAACUGAGGGCUUGAGUUUUCUCAGAAUUCAUUGUUUACAUCAAGCAUAAACUGCCUUUUACUUCAGGCUGAAAAAGACAGGAGUGGGAGAUUAUUCGCAGUGUUUCCGCACAUAUGCACAUGCAGACAUAAGCAUGCAGUGGUACACUGGAGCGCGUCACGACUUGAUAUAAAUGCAUAUUUCAUUUAUUCUGAAUGACACAGAGCACAUGUUUGUUCAUUGUCAGAGCAUGUGGAGUCUGUGAUGUACUGUGAUCAACACUAGAGGGCGCUCUGAACACACACAGGAUGCAAACCUGCUUUUUUUGUUGUUGUUUUGUUUAUUAAUCAAUCAGAGCCUCAUUAUCAGUUCACAAUGCAUGUUAGUUUGGAAUUAAUCAUUUAGUUCUUUAAUGCAUGCAUUGAGUGUUUUGGUUAUGGUUUUGGCAAUGCAUAACCUAAAGUAGUUGUUUUUUCCCCCUUAGAAAUUAAUUCUUUUAUUUAGCAAGCAUGCAUUAAAUUGAUCAAAAGUGACAUUUUUUAUGUCUUUCAGAUAAAUGCUGUUUUUGUUUUUACUUUCUAUGCAUUAAACAUAUUAAGAUAUAUAAAAAAUAGAAAAGCACCACAACUUUCAUAUAGAAGAAUCAUCAAAUCAUCAUAUUAAAAUGAUUUCUGAAGGAUCAUGUGACACUGAAGACAGCUAAUAAUGCUAAAAAUUCAGUAAAAAAAUAAAAUAAUAAAAUAUAUCCAAACUGAAAACAGCCAUUUUAACAUUUCAUAAUGUUUAUUACAUUUUGCAUUAAAUACUAGUGGUGUAACGGAUCUCAAAUCUCACAGUUCGGAUCACAUUAUAGGUUUUUAGUCACGGAUCGAACCAUUUUUCGGAUCAGCCAAAAAGGGGAGGAGACAAAAGUAAUUUUCUUUCCAUUUAUUAAUGAAACAGCACUGCCAGACACUUUUGGUUUUACCCAUAGGUCUCAAACUCAAUUCCUGGAGGGCCGCAGCACUGCACAGUUGUGUUCCAACUCUAAUCAAACACAGCUGAUGCAACUAAUCAAGGUGAUCCAAUUAAUCAAGGUGUCACUAGUAAUCACUAGUAGUCCUGAUCACCUUGAUUAGUUGGAUCAGCUGUGUUUGAUUAGGGUUUGAGCCUAAAGUUGAGACCUAUGGUUUUAACAAACAGAACUCAGAUAUAAUGUUUGUUCUUCUGGAGAAAGUCUUAGUUGUUUGAUUUCAGCUAGAAUAAAAGCAGUUUUUAAUUGUUUAAAAGCCAUUUUAAGGUGAAAUGUUAUUAUCUUUCAGUAUAGCCACAGCGGAAUGAACCACCAACUUAUCCAGCAUAUGUUAUACUCAGCGGAUGCCCUUCCAGCUGCAACCCAUCACUGGGAAAGGGUAAAAAUAUUGUGAAAUGUUAUUAUAUUUUAGUAUAUUAGUGCUAAAAACAAGGCAUUCCUAAUUCUACUGUCCCUUUAACUAACACUAAGAUAUUAAAUAACAUUUUCGCUCAAAUAUGACAACAAUAAUAAUAUAAAGAGCACUCGAUAACAUGCAGACAGCAGUAUUUCACUACAGAGGUCAUAUACAGUUGAAGUCAGAAUUAUUAGCCCUCCUGUAUAUUUUCUGGAGAGAACAUUUUGUAAACAUGAUAGUUUUAAUAACUCAUUUCUAAUCACUGAUUUAUUUAUCAUGAUGACAGUAAAUAAUAUCAGACUAGAUAUUUGACUAGUAUUUAGCUUAAAGUGACAUUUAAAGGCUUAACUAGGUUAAUUAGGGUAAAGUUAGGGUAAUUAGGCAAGUCAUUGUAUUACAGAGUCUGUUCAACAUCUUUUGGGAAAUAUUUGAGGAAGAAAAAUGUAAUAAUUGUGACUUCAGCUGUAAACGGAGGUCAGACUCACAUUAAUGCCAGGCCCAGGUAGUUCGCAGUGCUGCCCCAGUACAUGGGAUUGUCCAUCACAUUAAAAGGGAAACCAGUCACCUUCUGAUCCAUCAGGAUGCCGAAAUAAUCACCUGUUAAAACAAUAAACCAUUUUAAGGUCAAUAUUAUUAGCAAUAUUAGUUCUGGAUUUAUUUUCUCUCCAUUAAACCAAUACUAAUAAACUAUUGUUAAUUUAUGGUUUAACUACAAUAUAUUUUGAUGACUUUUCCUAACAGUGGUCAUCAGCUCUAGAGAAGGAGAUGAGUGUAGAAAUUAGGUCUUAAAAUAAAAAUAUGAAAUGAUAUCAGUAAGUUAGCUUUCUCAAGUCAAAAAUCACAGUACAGUGCAUUCAUGCUGAAGAAAACAAUGCCAGUGCAAGUUAUUACACCUCCAUUGAAGAUCAAUAGCCAUAGAAAACACCUUUCAAACUAGAAAACAACAACAACAACACACACUUUCAUUUUCUCCCGCUUCUGCAAAAUCUGCCCGGUUUCAGAGGCUCCACUCCUCGUCCAAUCAGAAACAGGAGCAGCUCAUUAUUCAAAGCAACUGCUCCUUUUAUCAGCGCUCCUCUCCAGUUUAUUACUUUACAGUUUAAGCGACCCCACUUCAUUGUCCUGCGACCCUUUGGGGGGGUCCCGACCCCCACUUUGUUAACCACUGCUGUAGACCAAAACUAAACAUUUGAUAUUAAAAUGCAUGUGUAACACUUCAUCUUCACAUCUCACAUGUUAAAUAGUGGCUUAUUUCUUGCUUAUUGUUAAAAUAUUAACCGUUUAUUAGUACUUACCAAGUAUGGUCUUAUUCUAACUUUCUAAUUCAAAGCCUAAACCCAACUACUAGCUUAAUAACUAUUAAUAAGCAGCUAAUUAGUAGGUAAUUGAGCUAAUAAUCAUAUUUAAUGGUUUGAGAGAUGACAAGGGUCCCAUGAAGUGCGUUGAAAUGUGCAUUUUUUUUAUUUGAUGAGGGCGGGGCAUAGAGAAGCUCCUCCCCUUUUUAAAUAUCAACCAAUAGUGCUUUGUUUUUGAGUGCUUGAGCUUAAGCGCAUCAAAUAAACAGCCAAUGAGAAGGGGGCGGGGCAUGUCAGACACUAGAGAGCAUCUGAUUGGUCAGAAGAUUUGAUACUGAAGUAUGAGGCGACGUUAAUGAACUCAUUGAUAUAUUUAGGCGGAAGUGACAACUGCAAGCUUCGUAUCAGGUUUAUAUCUUAUUAACGCACAUUUUUGGAGCACACUAGAUUAGAUAGACUAACAUACUGAUACUAAGAUCUAAAAAAGCUCAAAUAAAGCAUUACAGUCACGCUUAUCAUCCAUUUAUAAGAACAAACAGGCCGUGAUUUGAGCAGUGAGAGUGUUUAAAGUUCAGCGCUGUUGAUAAUCUGUGCGCUGGCGUCUGUGAACUGAUAAAGGUCUGAUUCAUUCACUCGUUCAUCAUUGAAGUCAACUGCAGAUCAUGAGAUUUCUGAGCUCCAGAGAAGCGGAGAGAGUUGCUUAUCAUUUUAUAAGCUUUAAUCGUGUGUCUGAGCUUUAGGACAUCAGUCUAAAUCACUUGACAAGGAGGAGGUUUAAAGGUUGCUGUUAAUUCUCAGGUUGUACAAACAUUUAAACCUUCUUCAAUUCAGAUAAACUUACUUGAAAAGCUAAAUUACACUUUUUUUUUACAGUUGUUUAAAACUCAAAAAA